GGAUCUUUAAUAGCAUUUGAUGGUGUGACUACUUGUUACUGCCCACCCAGUAACCGUAUCAAUUUACAGCUAUUGAAAAAUAUAGGAACUGCAGAACUUCAAGAUAAACUUGGUGAUUCAAGCAAGCAGAUGUGUUCCUUACUCUGCUACACAUACUGGAUUUAAUUUGAUUCCUGACUUUGGCAAAGCCAAGAGUGUUAAAGCUAAAACAUUCUGUGGUCCUAAAAAUAGUGAUGGAUCUAUUGACUGUACAAUAGAUAGCACUGAUUUUUCAUUGGGAACGUGCUAUCCAGAAAAACACUUUUGCAUUCAUCAGGUAGUGUGUCCAGUAACUCAUAUGGCAUCAAUUCAGUGCUCCAGUCUCGAUUUACCAAAAUCUGAUAGUGAUUGAGAGUGUCUUGAUUCAAUUUUUAUUACUAGUGGUAUUUUACAUGAAAAGCAAUACUGUGGUAAAACAGAUGAUGGUUGUUUCUCUCCUUUUCAAGAAGCUGGUGGCAGUAAAAUUAGGAUUGUUUUUGCAGGUGGGCAGUGCUGUCAGAAAUGUGGUUAUCGCUCAAGUGUACACCACAGUCAUCUUAUGCUAAUAAUGGGAAAAUAGCACGAGCUGAAAGAGAUAUAAAGAAGCAUGAGAUUGAAGAAAGAGGUGCAGCAGGUCCACCAACUAGAUAUCCAAGGAAAGUAAUAGUACCUGCUGGUGCUGUACUGACUUACAAAAACAGAUUACUCACCGUCAAACUCACAAAAGCAACACUUCAAAAGAUAUGGACUUCUAAACUUCAAGUGAGGGAUGACAUAGCUUUUGGCCCUGGUGUGCUGUUUGAGGCUAAAAGAAAUGCAAAUAGGUCAUUUGUGGGCUAUGGUAAACCAUGCAACUAUUUUUUAUUAAUUAAUGUACUUUUCAAAAG